AUGUCCCAGUCUGCCACUCUUGUGUCUCAGCAGCCAUCGAAUCCCGACUCCAAGCCCACUCCAGAUGCGGGGCCUAAACCAUGGCUUGGUCCCGCGCCCAAAGCCGAGCAAAAGGGCAUCUACAUCUUUCUGUGGGACACCGGGGCCAAGGGCAAAUAUCACUGGGGCCUAUUCAUCGCCCUCAGCCAGAGCUCCGGCGUUCUCUUCCACCACGUCCCCAUUGGGAACCAAUGGGAGUUCCUAAUGGAAAACGAGGACAUCUUGACGUCCCAAGGCCUCCUCGCCGGCCUCAAAAUUGGCGAAAUCGAAGAGAUCAACGGCGACUGGCUCAAGGCCGUCGAAGAUUGUGUACGCUCGGCGAGAGUCGACAAGUCAAGAGGCGAGUUCAACAGUCGCACCUGGGUCAUGGCCGCCAUCUACGAGCUGGCCAACGGCGGGUUCAUCUGGUUGGACCCGGAUUGGGGAAAAGUGCGCCAUAUUGAAGAGGAGGCUUUGAGGUUGGCGCUUGAUGCUGUGGCAGUGGAUAUGCAGAUUAUAUCCCAGAGUGAACUGAGUGGGCCUUAA